UUUAAAUUCGUUGUUCAUUUCGAAUUUGAAAAUUUUCUGUUUGACUUUCGUAACGACUUUCUUUACAAGAGUAAUUUUUGUGAUAAGAAAAAUAAAAUGAAUCGUUUUACCUAUAGAAAAAUUACAAAAUCAGAACGUUACCUUAUUUUAAUUUGUAUUUUUUUCGUAAUUAUGUUUAUCAUCAUGACUGGCCUCUAUGUAAGUUCAUAUUUUCAAAGUAAAGUGAUGGACAAUUGUAAAGGUAAAGUGAUAAAAGAUGUUUGUACUAGCGAUUUUUGUAAGAUUGAAGCUGGAUCUAUUCUUAGAAGCAUAAAUUUUCAAACUGAUCCAUGUGAAAAUUUCUAUGAAUUCGUUUGUGGAAAUUAUCUUAAAUAUGAAACUCUUAAUGGAGAAUAUAUAACUCCAGCGGAAGUUUUACCUAAUUAUAAGUAUCUGUUGGCUAAAAAAGUAUUAGAGAAAUCGGAUGAAGAAAAUGAUCCACCAUUUGCAAAUAAAGUAAGAAAAUAUUAUAAAUCUUGUUUAAACAGUUAUGAAAUCAAAAAUGCGAUUUCCAAUCUUUUAAAUCUAUCCUAUCUUGAUAAAUGGCCCGUAGCCCAAAACGAAACCCUGAAUUCAACAAUAGAAGAAGCUAUCGUCUUUGGAAUAUUUAAUGAUGGCACUGGAUUACUGUUUCAAAUUUUUUUCCGACAAAGUUUUUUUUAUAUUAAAAUAGGAUCCACGACUGUUAAAUCAAAAGUUUUAUCUGAUCAAUUUUUUCAUAUUAGAAGAUAUCGCAUUUCAAUGACUUAUUUAUUAAAGAUGCUUGGAAUGGAUGAAAAAAGUUCAAAGAAUAUAAUAGAAGAAAUCAGUAAUUUUGAAAUAUCUUUAAAUCAAAUUCAAAAUAAAAAAUGGAAACAGGAAAACAUCAUUCUGACAGUUUCACAGUUACAAAAAGAAUGCCCAGAAAUUAAUUGGAAGUUCUUAUUUCAACACAUUUUUAAAUAUCUUGGACCUCCAUUGAACGAGAAAAAAACUACAGUAAAAAUAUUCAACAUUAAUUACAUUCACCUGCUGUGUAACCUCAUUAAGAACACUGAGAGAAGAAUCAUUUAUAAUGCACUUUUAUGGAAUAGUUUUGUACCACAUUUAGUUAUAUUCGACGACAAAUUUAGAGAUAUGUUAUCUACAAUAUGGCAUUACUUCAGGUAUUAUUCAAAACGGAUGAGAUAUAAAGAUCAAACACUAAAAUGGAAGAACUGUAUUAAUUACAUGAAAAGAUAUAUUGAAUUAGGAUUGCACCAUAUGAUAAUAAAAUCAUUAAAUGCGAAAAAAUUGGUUAAAGAAGUUAAUAAUUAUAUUAAACAAAUUACUGAUAGUCUUGAAGAAAUUUUUUCUGAGGUAGAAUGGAUUAACGAAGAAAUCAAAAGGGGAAUGAAAGACAAAUUAAAUAAUAUACAUUAUACUAUUGGAUAUUCUAAUGGCUAUAUGAAUAUGGAAUUUUUAAAGAAAAUAUUCGAUAAUAUCAAUAUCACAGACAACUAUGUGCAGAACAUCUUAUCUUUGAAUAGGCAAUGGCUAUAUGAUAUGGCAUUCAAUUCGCCUUUGAUUGUUGAAUAUUACGAAACAACUGUUUUCGAUCCAUUUGGAUUACCACCGAUUUUCAUAGAUUUUGAAACAGGAGGACAAAUAUCACUACCACUAGGAUGGAUGUUUUCUCCUUAUUAUGUCUUUGGAGUGCCACACUAUCUAAACUAUGGUGGUAUAUUUACUGUACUUAGUCAUGAAUUUUCGCACGGAUUUCAGGAUUCGAUUUCAUUAAUGAGAACGUUUGGUAAUCUACAAAAUAAAACCAAAAUCAGUAAAAAAUUUUUACAGUUUAUAUUCGAAUUCGAUAGAAGAAAAAAUUGUCUGAUUAAUCAAUAUUCUAAAUUCCCAAUAGAAGGAAAUUUAACAGUCAAUGGUAGUAACACAUUUAACGACAACUUUGCUGAUAAUAGUGGAAUUCUUGUAGCAUUUCGAGCUUAUGAUAAAUACAUUAAGGAAAAUGGAGAGGAACCAAAGCUUCCGGGACUUAAUUACACUAAUAAGCAAAUGUUUUUUAUUAGAUAUGCUGAGAUGUGGUGCGAAACAAAUGAUGUACAAGUAAAAAGAAUACCUAUUAAGCAUAGUCCUAGCAUAUAUAGAGUUGUUGGUCCUUUAAUGAAUUUACCAGAAUUUUCAGAAACUUUUAAUUGUGCUCCAACAAGCUAUAUGAAUCCCGAAAAGAAAUGCAAUGUCUGGAGAUAGAGCAGGAAAUCUCUUUAAAAAUAGUAACUAUAAAUAAAAUUUAAUAAUAUUUGGCAAUCAGACAAAUUAAAGAAAUGAAGUUAAAUACAAUUUUUUAAUUUUAAUUAUUAUAAAAUAGCAGAAAAUUAUAUAUAUUAUUCGAGAUAAAUUGGCCUCUAUUCAUGUACUGUAUAUGAGUUUCUUCGUAUAAAGUUCUUUACUUAAAUGUUAUAUUCUUAAUUGAUAUUCAAUGUUUUACUAUUAUUUAUUUUAUGUACAAGUUUGUUAUUAU